CAACUUAAUGCUGGGGAUUAUAGACAGCACGCGCAAAUUGUCGCUUCAUCAACAGCACGUGUAGAUGAACGGUACAACAUAUGUUGAAGACGCUGGAAAAGUUACAGAGUUUGAAGGAAGUACUAUACGCAUGCGUAAUUCGCAGUGAUGGCGACUUGCAUGUAACGGAAAAGUGAUAACACAUAAAAAAGUUUUUUGGGGGAAGUAUUAAUAGGUGCUAAGUGCUGCAUGUGUACAGUGGAUGUUGUUAGGGCCGAUGUAGAACAUGCUGUAUUAUGACGUGGACAUGGCUGUUUAGUGUCGUGUUUUUGUUGCUGAUAGUUCCUGAUGCCUCUGAUGGAACACUAGCGAGAGGUCUGGGUAGUGAUGAUGAAGUCAAGCUGAUUGAGUACCUGUUUGUGGACAAAAACUACAACCCACUGAUCCGACCGGUCAGGAACAUCAAUGAGUCAAUUGAGGUUCAGUUCAACCUGGCAUUGAGUCAGCUUAUCAGCGUGGAUGAAAAGAAUCAAAUUAUGAAAACAAAUGUCUGGCUACAGAUGUACUGGUACGACUAUCAGCUCACGUGGAACCCAGACAAAUAUGGCGGAAUUAAGACGAUUCGAAUUAAUCACUCUAAGGCUUGGAGACCGGACAUCGUCUUGUUCAAUAACGCUGACGGGAAGUACCAGGUGAGCUACGAGUCUAAUGUGGUGAUGAAUUAUGAUGGUUUGAUCUAUUGGAUUCCACCUGCCAUUUACCGGUCCUCAUGUGAUAUCGACGUCAAGUACUUCCCGUUUGAUCAACAGGAAUGCGAAAUGAAGUUCGGGUCUUGGACGUUUCUGAAAAACCAACUCUUCUUCACAUAUUACUUGAACAGAAGGACUCUGGAUUUUUCUGACUAUUUGCGCAGUGGGACAUGGGAUAUCAUCGACAGUCCGGCCUGGAUUCAGGAGCAAAAAGAUCCAGUAUCUGGUGAAAUCCGAGAUUUGUACAUUGUUAAAUUUGUUGUCAGAAGAAAGACCUUGUUCUAUAUUGUAAACCUAAUUGUACCCUGUGUGUUGAUUUCCUUUUCAAGCGUCUGUACGUUCGCGUUACCUAGUGACGGUGGAGAAAAGAUCACAAUGUGUAUAUCCAUUCUUCUCGCUCUGGUUGUGUUUCUUCUACUGAUUUCCAAGAUUUUGCCUCCUGCUUUGACAAUUCCUCUGAUCGCUAAGUACCUUCUCUUCAACUUUAUUAUGACCAUCAUAGCCAUCUGUUGUACCGUGUUUGUGUUGAAUAAGAACCACAGGACUCCUCGGACUCACUCCAUGCCCGGAUGGAUUCGAGUGGUCUUUCUUUACUACCUCCCGAAAUUCCUUUUCAUGAAGAGACCAGGACACGAAACCCGAUGGAAAGGGCGACAACUGAAAGACAUAGUGAAAGAGUCAAGAACAGGCACCCCUGAUGCUGCUUUGUAUAGGAUGCCUGAAAUUGAGAGAAAUCAUCCAGAUAUUAAUGAUACACACUUUGCGGAAGCAGACAGCCAUAUCAUUCCAGGGAACAACGAGACAAUGUCAUCUAUUGAAGUGUUCAGUGAGGAUUUCAAGAGAGCCUCAGAUGCGUUAAAGUUUAUCCGACAGCACACAUUGAAGCACGACCACUAUGACACUAUCAUUGAUGACUGGAAGUAUGUAGCCAGUGUCAUUGAUCGUCUGCUUCUGGUCAUCUUCCUCCUGGUGACUGUCGGGGGCACCAUGGGCAUUUUCCUCCAAGCCCCGAACAUUUUCUCCGUCGUCGAUCAGGAUGCCAUCAUCGACAAACUCAUGUCUUCCCUUAAUUGACUUCCUGUCGAUGAACAAAUCGAACACUCCAACAGUUGACAAUAUGCGCCCUAUUUAUAUUUUUAUGACAGAGAAGUUGCAAAAGCACUACUGAUUUUUCAUUUAUUUUUAGAAUAACCGUUUUUCUAUGCAUUAGCGGGUAUUUUUGUAGAUGUCUAUUGUAUUUUUUAUUAGUCUUACACUUUUGAUGAUGAUGACAUUUGGUUUAUGCACACUGUGAAUAUGUCUUCCAGUAAAAUGUUGAUGAUACCUGUAUAAAGCCCUGAAUAUUUUUUUUUCGAUUUUUCUUAAGAAUAUAUGUAUAUAUAGACACUCGUAUUCAUAUAGCUGCUACGAGUAGAAUAUUGUGACGUCUUCCUAGCAAUGAAAUGCCUGUUUUUCAGAAGUUCUUCAUAUAUUAAAAGUGGUGCGUUUUAGCCACAUCCUAGAAACAUAUUUUCUUAUUAUUAUCAGGUAUCCAUCUGUGAAUUUCCAUUUUAUUUUUCUUUUAAUUUUACUUUGUCUGUAUUGAAAUAAUAAUCAUCGUAUCCCUUGGUAUAUGUGAUUGUUUAUGGAAUAAAUAUUUUUAAAAAUUGUCA